AUCUAUGUUUUAAUUACCAGGAAUUAUUCCAAAAGUUUCAUUAUUUAUAUUUUUAGGAAUUAAUUGAUGAAACUUUGGAGAAUUGGUAAAGAGUAGAAAGAGAAGAAAAAGAAAAAUUAAUAGAAUAAUUACAAAGAAAAAGUUAAAGAUCUGAUAUAAGAUUUAAAGCAGAAACUGAGUAAGAUAAAAGUGUAGUUAAUCUUGAUUUUGAAGAAAUUGUUGUUGAUGAAGAAAAUAAAAGAAAAACAGAUAUCAAUUAAAAUACUGUUAGUAAAAGAUUUUGUAAAAAAUGUUGUAUUCCUAAACCUCCAAGAGCACAUCAUUGUUCAGCAUGCAAUACUUGUUGGCUUAAAAUGGAUCAUCAUUGUUUAUGGAUUAACAAUUGUGUUGCUAAAGAUAAUUAUAAAAUGUUUUUCUGUAUGGUUUUUUAUGCAAGUAAGAUUAAAUACAUUUAAAAUUAGAGGCUGUCUUUUAAUUUGGGUCACUAUUUCCUAAUAUAAAAUUUUUUAAACUCUAAUCACUAAUUAUGUUUCAGAUUUUCAACUCUAUAUUAUAGUUCUUCAUUUCUAUUUUGUAUUCCUACUUGCUGUUUUGA